AUGACUGUUCCCAGGCAAGACUCAGCUUGUGUUCCGAGUUCAGAACAACAUUAUACCAAUAAUAACGAAAUAAACUUGAAACCAAACUUUAUUCACUCAUCAGAUAUCCCCAAAAGAAUAGCCAGCCUCAUUCAUUCAAUUUCCACAUGCAAGCUCAAACUGCGACACGAAAAGUGUACGCAACAUUCCAAGUUGCGAAUAACAAUUAAUGUCGAGUUGAAUGCCAUGGAAACAAUGUGUCCCUCGCAUCCAAGAUUUGAGUUAUUAUUGCUGAAGAAUAUGAUAUCCUUGACCAGAAAACGUUCUGCAUCACAUAGACUACAGCGAGAAUUACUUUCGUCGUUGUCGUCGUUGUCAUCGUUGUCGUCGUUGUCCUCCUCCUCCUCAUCAUCAUCAUCAUCACCGCCCAAAUUCUCCUCCUCGUCAUCUUUGUUGUCUAAUCAGAGCAGCUACCUUCAAAAGAUUUUACAACAGAAAGUGGCUACAUCAUCAAUCGAGCCACAUGCAUUAAAGACAAAUGAUUCAUUUGUUGCACGAUUUAUAUUGACUAUUUCAGUGACUCAUUAUGAAAGUACCAAUAUCAAGAACCAGAAUGGCGUGAAAGUAGUUUUCGAGACUAAUGCAAAAGACGACUAUGAUACUUUUAAACUUUUCGACACAAAUAAUCUACUAGAGACUCAGAUUAAACGGUAUACGGAAAAUUUGUACCGAGCAAUGACCAUUAUUAGAAGUAGUGGUAAUAACAGCGGACUCAAACUCAAGGCGGGCAAAGACUUUAUACCGUCUGCAUCGACAACCAGCUCUGAUGUAAGUGAUUCUACUCUUGAAGGUAGCGGGGAUGAGGACUUUCAAGAUCAUUACUUGGAUGAAGAAACGGACGAGUAUGAAAUUGAGCCGCUUGUUUCUAACGAAACGCUUGCCGACGAGUUUCGCAAAAAAUGUACCGAGAUUAGCGACGAAAGCAAAACUGCGAACAACAGUAGUACUGGCGAUUUCAUCGAAAACGUCGACAAUUUGAGACACAAUGAGGAAGAAAUUAAUGUCCACAAACUCCAUCAUCAACUGCGGCAAGUAGAAUCUCCAUUUAAAAAUUCGAGUCCAUUUAGUUGUUCGUCACCUCCAUCAUCAAACUACCAUUUGGAUCAACUACAUUUGGACGACCUCAAAGAAGUACUUUUUGAAGAAGACGAAGAAGAGGGUGGUAGCUAUUUUGAAGCUUACUCUAAAGAGAGGUUAUCUAGACAUUCGUCACCUAUAAAACAGUAUGAAAAAGAUGAUGAAACAAUUGCGUUUCUUCGCAAGCCCCCGUUUUUAUCACCAACAAAGACAAGAAAAUCAAUAUCUCGAAUGUCUUCAGCGCAUUCGGUGUCGUUGAUAAACGAUGACGACGAGUAUGGAUUAGAAUAUGCAUAUAAUGCCAAUGGAGAGAAUGUUCCAUCGUACAUAAAACAAAACAAAAAGUUUAAGUUCAUCAAAGUAGGCAAAGUACAAAAGUUUGUCAACUUAUUUGAAGAGCAAAACCAAAAAUUGGCAUCGGACAAUUCAAACCCCGCUAGUCGAAACACCAGCAGAGUCUCGUCUAGACCAUCUACUAGACCAUCUACUAGACCCUCAUCGCCCUCACGGACUGAAAGUACAAACAAUAUGUCAUAA